CUGCUGCUGUAUAUCCGGCCUUGCGAAUCGACGGCCAUCGCGUAGAUCCAUGCCUCGUGAACGGCUACUUCUUUUUUGAGGACUAGAUCUUUGGUCCAUACCUGGCAAUAGACAAUAAAGAAAUGGAAACAUUACCCGUUGAGAUAAUCGAGAAAAUCUUCAAGAACCUCCGCUACAGCGAUCUCAAGCAAGCAUCGGCGGUAUGUCGCCUCUGGUACGGCGUCUACCAGCGGUCGGCAUUCAUGUCAAAGAUGGUGGUCCACUUCAAAAAGGAGCUCACCGUGUCCACAAUGGCUCUGUUUUUAGCCAGUGACUGUCGCUACCAGAACAUCCGCUUCACGUCCAUUCCGUUCUACGAUCUGGCCAAAUCGAAGCGCAGUCUCUGCCGACGAGAUGUCAUAUACGAGGACGAAGACUUUAUCACGGGUCUGCGCAAACUACUGGACAAGUUCAGCGAUUCCCUUCAGUUGAUCUCAUUUUGCAAGUGUAAUCUGGAGCGAACCCGCUUUCACGAAUUUCUUCAAGCACUGCCAGAACUCAAAGUGUUGGAAGUUGAAGAGUGCGUGCUUGCCGGUGAAGACCCCGAUGAAACGUUGAACUUGCCAAAGCUGAAACAGUUCAACUUUAAAUUUCCCGAAGACGAAGUGCAACGCUUCGAAUCUGGACACAUCUACGGUUGGCUUGUGGGAAACUCGUGCAGUCUGACCAAAUUGAAGCUUCAGCUGUGCGUGAACGAAAUGUUUGGCGAUCUGGACAGCGACCUGUGGUACCAGGUGAAAGCCGUGGCCAAGCUUGUGCGACAGCACAAAAAGACCAUGAAGUCCUUCAAGGUGGACAGUUUUAAUGAUCCGUGUCUGAAGAAGCUAGUGUUCGAGGACGACGAACUUCAGCUGGAAAAGGUCGUUCUUGGUGAGCUGAAGCUGCGUACUGACGACCAGGUGUUUUACGACUUUGUAGCGAAACAUAAAAAGAUUAAAAAGCUGGAAAUUGCCAUCGAGUCGCAACUUGACCCAAACAACGAUCUGUACCUGAAGGCGAUCUGCGAAAAUCUACCACUGCUUGAGCAGUUCUACUUCGACAUGUCUCGAUCAUCGGACAGCGGCUUGGAACAUCUGCAGAUGCUUCACCGGCUGAAGAAUCUAGUCCUCACCAAGAACCGCAAUACGAUAGCCCUGACCGAGCACUGCUUCGACCACAUCUUCAUGCCCAACCUAAAAUCGUUGGGCAUCUACUACAAAGAUCUCCAGCUGCCAGCCGUCCAGCAGAUCCCGGUCAGCUUUCCCAACCUGAUGGCACUGAAUCUGAGUGAGUGCGAAAAGGCGGUAACCGACGAAACGGUACAGCUGCUCUUCCAAUCCCUACCCACCCUAGAAAGUCUAGACCUGAGCAAGUGCAAACAGGUCACCGAAGCGGCAUUCCUCGGGCCAACCCGAAUCAGUGCUCUUCGCAAGCUCAAAGAUCUCGUGCUGGAGAAAUGCCCAGGCGUUACGGACGUAUCGCUGCAAACGUUCGACAACCGUGCCCUGCGCAGCAUCAGCGUCGCCAUGUGCACCCGGAUAACGAACGUCGGCUGGGAGGCGCUGUGUCGCGGCUGUCCGAACCUCACGUGGCUCAACGCGUCGCACUGCACGCGAAACUUUGACAACGAGUCGGCACGGAUCGUGGCCACGAUGCUACCCGAGCUGGAGAUACUGAAUCUGUUCAAGAACGCCGCACUCACGAAUGAAGCGGUGUAUUGUAUUGCGGAGACCUGUCGCUACCUGGAGGAUCUAUGCCUGACCAAGUGUCGCGGGGUCAAGAUGAAGAAGGUGGAAUACUUUGACGACAAAAUGAACCGGGUCAACAAGGAGUGCUUGAAGGGCAGGAAGGUGGUGCCAUAAGG